UCUCCCUCCGUUCCUCUUUCCCGUUUAUUAUCGGCAGAGGUCGCAUGGCAGAGGGAAGUCCAACCACUUCUGCACUGGAACCAAUGCAAGAAUAUGCACCUCCAUAACAAAGCCUGUAUGGAGUCCUGAGAGCAGUGGGAAACAGAGGCUGCGCGUUUCUGGGCUUGAGCUCACGCGUAAAAACAUCUUUCCAGAGCGGAUUUCAGUUGGAGGUGUGCUUUUAUUUGUUGUGGAACAGCGGGAUAGUUUGGCCAACACGUGCGUAUCCAUGCAAUUUUUGUUCUGUGCGUUCAGAGUGAGUGAGUGAGUGAGUGAGUGAGUGUUCCAUCCUGGUGCGGAUCUGAAGAGGACUGACUGCGCAUCACCAGAGUUGGUGCCGAAGUUCGGCAGCGAACGGAUGUUGACGGGAGAGUGAACCGAGUAAAAAACUCACCCACUUCUUUCUCUCCUGCUUUGGCGUUUUGUUUGCUUAGACAAUAGUGAGUCAAAGACGCUGAAAGUGAUUUCAUGCCUUCAGUCUCGCACAACCUGAGAUGGACGUGAGAUUUUAUCCUGCGCCCCCGGCAAAUGUGGGUUCAUGCUCCCUACCGACUGAUCCAAGUUGUCUGAGCUCGUUGGACUAUUACCACUCGAACAAGUUUGAUGGUGACAACAUGUACAUGAAUGACAAUAACCAAGAGUUUCGGUCGCCAAACCAGAGUUACUCCAGUCAAGGCAGAGGCAGCGGCGGUGGUGGCGGCGGAGGAGGAGGAGGAGGAGCGGGAGAUGAAGACUACGAGAUCCCCCCUAUCACACCCCCCAACCACGCAGACCCCUCUCUGCUGCACCUCAUGGAGCACGAGUCAGGUUAUCCUUUCCACUCCCUGCCUCACAACGGGCUGCUCAACACCUACUCCUACCCGGAGCUGCCCGCCCUCAUGAUGUCCAACAUGCUGGGUCAGGACACCCACCUCCUCUCGGGGCCUAUGCACUCAAUAAGCAGUGAGAAGCGAUCCUCUGCAGAAAUGAUGAAGCCAAAACCCAAACCUCAAAAGAAGAAGAAGAAGAAAGACCCCAACGAGCCACAGAAACCCGUGUCGGCCUACGCGCUCUUCUUCAGAGACACCCAGGCAGCCAUUAAAGGCCAGAACCCCAACGCCACCUUCGGGGACGUCUCCAAGAUCGUGGCGUCCAUGUGGGACAGCCUAGGAGAGGAACAGAAACAGGGGUACAAGAGGAAAACCGAGGCUGCCAAGAAAGAGUACCUGAAAGCCCUGGCCGCGUACCGAGCCAGUCUGGUUUCCAAGACGUACAACGACCCUGAACCAAAAAGUGCCCAGCAGACCAGCCAGCCCUCCCACCUGCUGCCCCCGAAGCAGCCCCUGUACAGCGUGCCCCCCCAGCCCUCCUCUCCAUACCUGGGCCCGCCGGGCUCCUUCCCCCUGUCGGACCUCCAGAGCUACGCCGGGCCGCCCCGCCACGCCCUGGCCCAGACCCUCAGCCAAUCCCAGAUGCUGCCGCCCAGCAUGAGUGCCUCUCCCCCCGCCCCCUUCCAGAUCAGCCCGCCGCUGCACCCCCACACCCAGCUGUCCCUGCACCAGAGCUCCCUGCUCAACCAGCCAAUCCGCAUGCAGCAGUCACAGCCAAUCAUCUCACACCAAAUGGGGCUCCAGGCACCUCUGCAUUCCCCCCCACUCAGCCAACAGGGAUUCUCCCAUAUUCAGGCUGAUUAUCAGAACAGUGUCGGGGGCUCGCAGUCUCCGGGAGCCCCUAACCCGGUGCACGGCCAGAACCCCGACUGGGAUAGUGAAUACUGCAACAGGGACUGUGGACCCAACCACUGCGGCAGUGGCAUGGGAGCGCGGGACAAGCCUCUCUACCUCACUUGAAGUUGAAAGACCUCCAAAUGUCAGACUCCAGGGAGCUUUUCCAACAUAACAACGUCAUCUGUGUAUCGCUUCUACACCAUUUUUAUUUUUCUUUUUUUCUCUGAAGGAUUUCAAAAGUCCCAAAGACUGCUACAGUAACUUCACCUAUUUGCCAAGCACUUAGAUCGGCCUGAAGCCCGGGGGCACUUCUCUCGCUUUAUUUUUAUUUUAUUUUAUUCCUUACUUGUCGGUGAACUUUCCUUUUUUUUUUUUUUUUCUCUUUUUUUUUGGCGAGGGCAGUGAGCUUUAAGCUUAUGCCAACGUACUGGAAAUGAAGACCAAAAAAAAAAAAAAAAUUAUAAUAAUAAAAAAAAUAAAAAAAAAAAAAAAAAGUCUUCUCAUUUUGUUUUGAAUUUUUUAAAGAUGCUUUCUCUUCCUCUUUCGCUCCAUUACUCUGUUUUUUGUUUUUUUUUUGGUGUUUUUUUGCCAUGGACUGCCCUCAUCGGGGAAAUGAAAUGCUCCAAGCAUACUCAAAGUGUAGGGGUCUUGGGUAGAAACUAGAAGAUAGUUACCUCAGCAGGAGUGGAUGUACUUCAGGACGGAGACGGAUGGAAACACCCUGACUGAGUCCACGCAAAUUUUUAAUCGAAAUCAUCGCGAAUACAUUAACAUCCACGCCCCUGAUGUUUAAAGACUCCUCCAUUUCCUUUGUUUCUCACAGAGUGAUUGUAAAUAUCACCAAAAUGGAUCCCUCUUAUGUGUGUAUUUAGCUGCAGUCCCUUGCUUUAAUUCUUUUUUUUUUUUUUUUUUUUAACUUUUUCUUUUUUUUUAGGUUAUGUGAUUUCUGUGCAGGCGGAUUCAGUGAGGGAAUACACACACUAAAACUUGUGUCGAAACUGUGUUCACUGAUCUCGUUUCUCUCCGGAAAAAGAGAGAGGGAAAUGCAAAAGACUGAAAAAUGUUCCUCCAGUGGUUUCCUUUUUGCUGGCGGAGCUCCGGUAGAGAGUGUCGCUCUCUUCACAUUGGCCUCAGGACUUCACAGAACUGUAGAGGUCAAAGGUAGAAACCUCUCCUUUUAGCUCCUCCUCCUGAUGGUCAAUAGGGACCCUAUCCCACCUGUAACCCCGCCCACUCCCCCACCCCCCUCUUUAGUCCCGACACCACUUGUACAGGUGAAUAAAAAAACAUAAGUUGCUAAAUGUGAAAUGUUACUAAAGAAAAAAAAAAAAAAGCAUAACAGUGGGUUUUAAAGUUUUUGACUAGUUUUAUUAGGUGUUUUAGAGUUGUGUUGAACUCAUCUUUCUCAUUUUUUGUGAAGAAAAAAAGAAAUCUUAAGAUAUUUUGUUUUUCACUGUAGCAGGAUUUGUGUUUCGGAGGAGCGGUCAUGGGAGUAGAUAUUUUAAUUUUGUGUAUAAACCUGCCAAAUGUACUUCUUUAAUUUGUAAAGCCAGUGAUGAGAGAACCCUUUUUUGUUUUGUUGAAUAUCAUUUGUUUUACAAAAUGGUCAUUAUAUUUAAAAUUGGUUGCAGGUUUCACAUCUAUUUAUGAAUGAUAUGAAGUAACAUUUUGGCUUAUUUUCAUCAGGGUGCAUUAUUAUUAUUAUUAUUAUUAUUAUUAUUAUUAUUAUUAUUAUUAUUAUUAUUAAUGAUCAAACUACAUGAUUAUUAGAAUAAUAAAUAUUUUUUCAAAACUUCUUGUUGGUGCAACACCGAUGUACCAGCAUUAGAUUCAUUUUGUGUCACAAAUACUUCUUUUGUUUUCUUUUGUCUGUAAUAAAAUGUUUAAAGUGGA